AUGCCGCAAUAUUGCGCUGGUUUCCAGGACCCUAGUGGCGGUUCAGCUGCGCCAUGCAUUUUUGCCAAAGACGGCAAGGGUGGUCGGGCUUAUAUCAAAAGGAAGCGAGAUGGAAAUUGCUGCGCUUUCUGCUGCGUGCAAGCCCUAGAGCACGCCUUGAACAGCCGCUUUGGCACCAGACAUAUUGUCCGACGGUUGAUCGGCUGGCAAAAGCAAGGCUCUCCCACCUACAAAGCAGCCUUCGUCAUGAGUUCACUGGUCGUUCUACCUGAAGCAAGACAGAUCAGGUUGCGCUACAAGGCAGGCGAGCGAAGCAGAUUUUUGCAGACGACAAGCUGGCUGCACAAGAGAAAGGUGCGGCUGCGGCGGCUCCUCUCCGGGCGGCCACCGCCCCAGAUCACAAAGCUGAGUGAAGAGUCCGAGCAGUUCCUACGCGCCUGCAAGUACUACGGUCGAGCUGACCACCCUUCCACGGAUUGUGCAUGGGUCAAGCUUUUGCACAAGGAUGUCGCCGCCGUCUCGCAUCAUCGGCAACAGCUACGCCGCCUCGGCAACCGCUCUCGGCACCAUCGGCGAGCUUGGUGGAAGCUUCGUAGAACAAUUCGCAAGUGUCUCCUGCCAUACGCACAGGGGCCGCCUUAUUUGAUCCCAGUAGCGUGGGCUAUGGAAGAAGCCAUUUUGUCGGACGCCUAG